CAGUUGCGAGCAGUGACCGUGAAUAUGAAUAUGAGGGCAGAGGUCAAGCCGAUCAGGCCACAGACGUGCAUACGCCUGCAGUAUCGCUCUGUCUGGUCAUCUGAUUGCUGUGACUGAAGGGUGUCGGCUCCUUUAAGAAAACGGAACUGAAGCCUCGGCUUUUGACGCUGCUCAGGAUGUGGGCAGGAAACGCCAUGCAAGAGCAGUGAAGCGAUCACGCUUCACGGCUGCCGUUGCACAAUAUAGCGCUAUCAAAAAUGUGUCUUAAUUGAGCCCGCUGAUGCCCAGGAGCGGCCAUUCUCCCCGGAUCCGUGCUCCGCGGCCCUUACAGCGCACGAGAGGGCGAUUUGCCGGCGUGGGAUUUGAGUCCUAUCCGAGCCAGAGGGCAGCCUUCUCAGCCUGCUCGGCUUGAAAACAUCGGGGCUGGCCAGCGGGUGGCAGAGAGAGGAGGCUUCGUCGCGGAAAAGGAGGUGUCUGCCUUUUCUUUUUUAAGAAUUUAUAUACAUAUACCUCUCCGCGGCCAUGAGGGAGUACAAAGUGGUUGUUUUGGGGUCGGGCGGAGUCGGCAAAUCCGCGCUCACGGUCCAGUUCGUGACGGGCUCCUUCAUCGAAAAGUACGACCCCACCAUAGAGGAUUUCUACAGGAAGGAGAUCGAGGUGGACUCGUCCCCGUCGGUGCUGGAGAUCCUGGACACGGCGGGGACCGAGCAGUUCGCCUCCAUGCGAGACCUGUACAUCAAGAACGGCCAGGGCUUUAUUCUGGUCUACAGCCUGGUGAACCAGCAGAGCUUUCAGGACAUCAAGCCCAUGAGAGACCAGAUCAUCCGGGUGAAGAGGUACGAGAGGGUGCCCAUGAUCCUGGUGGGAAACAAGGUGGACCUGGAGGGGGAGAGAGAGGUGUCUUCCGGGGAGGGCAAGGCUCUGGCCCAAGAGUGGAACUGCCCGUUUAUGGAAACUUCAGCCAAAAAUAAAGGAUCAGUCGACGAACUGUUUGCAGAGAUAGUCAGACAGAUGAACUAUACAAAUGUCCCCAGCGGUGGAGACAAGUGCUGUUCAUGUGUCGUGCUCUAAAAGACAAACAAACAAACAGAAACUGUGCAUCCGGGCUGUUUGAGCUUUCAAAGUUGUCCUGCAGGCUUUCCUUUUUGUUUUGUUUUUGCAAAAGUAUUCUCUCUCCUCACACUGUUGUCUUAUUGUUGCACACAAACACACACAGACACACACACAAAAUCCAUGACAACAAUCAAAUAUGUAUCAUAUUCUGGAAAAGUGUUUACAUGACAAAGUACUUGAAUGUUUGGGGAUUUUUUUAUAGCUUUGUAUAUGACACUUCUCUGGAAAUGUGCCUCAGUGGGGAUGUCUUAUUGUGAAACCUAAGAGACACGUGAUUUCUGGUUAUUUUUGUGUGUUUUUUCUUCUUUUCGGUUGUACUGUUUAUAUCUUCUGGGCUGGGUUCUUCUGUCUUGGAGACUGGUUGUUCUUGUGUUUUGGGGCUAUUACACCAAAUCCCUAGGCUUAAAUGGGAUUGUUUACCUUUAGGGUCUUUUGGCUUUUUGGAAGGCCUGAAAGUGUUUAAAAAAAAUGACAAAUCUGAUUAAAUUAUCAGUCACCACUCAAGCCUUGGACAGGUUGCUCAAAUCAAUGUCACGUUAUCUCUCCAGGCAGUAAAGCGUGAUCCCAGAGGCACAGACCCACCCGCUAAUACUGAAGCCGUGGACUGUGGUGGAGUUCUUUUGCCAGCAAAUUCUUAUUUGUUUUCUCCCCGCCCCCCCCUCGUCUCUGGUUUGGUGAAAGUGGAUUUACCGUGGAACUUGCACUUAGCUGACGGUGUCCCUCCCCAGUGUGCACAAACGAGGACCUUAGUGCAUUGCUGUCGCUGCAUGGGGGACGCCGUGACCCCAUGUCAAGUGCCUUUCUAAGAAAUCUGUGACUGUGCCAACUCAUGAGCCCUACUUCCUCUGCAGUGCGUCAUGAUGGCAAUCAGAACUUUUCUAGCAGUUUUCAAUUUACAGUCUAGUUUCACUUGUGCUGAGAAUGAGAGGCGCUUCUUCCUAAUUUACUGUAAGGAAGCUUCGCUUGUCCUUGACCUGCUGUCCAAAGGGUCAGAUUCAGGCCGUUUCUUGAGGUACUACUCCAAGAAGAACAACAGAAUAACUUUACUCACUGCGAUUCUGGUUCAGUGAAUGGAAGCCAUGUCUGUAUGUAUUAUCUAGCUGUUUUGUUUUUUUUCCCUUUCUAAAAUGUGAUAUUCUUUGACUUACCAUAAUUGUAUUUCUCUCUUUGGACAAUUCUGCCAAUCCAGCUGUCAGUUUGGAAGACUUGUAAUACAAAACAGAUUUUACGUAACGCUGUGUGCUGUGCCCGUCUGUGCUGAGGAUGUGUAUAUGCGUUAUACUUUCGGGGUGUUUUCAAUCUGACUCUCACUGUAAACAACUUUAGGGCUGAAACAGGUAGUUGAUUAAUCCAUAAGCAACCAACUGAUAAUUACAAAUCACUGAUAACAUAUGAACUGUGUAGUGGUGCACGUAAAGGGGUAUAGGAUGAGCUGUAAAAUGUAAAUAAGAACAUGAUGCUAUGAUUUGCUAAUCAUUUAAAAAAAAAAAAAAUGUAAAU